CUCUGGAGGCGGACCGCGCGCAGGGGAGUCGCUGCUUUCAGAGCCGUUCAGCGUGAACUGCGGCGCUCUUCCCUUGGGUUUAUCGUGAUGGGAUCUAUUUUCAUGAGGUGCUUUUAUAAAUAAAGAGUGAACGCACGCAGAUGGAGGUGUUUGUGCUGCUGUCAGCGCUGUUAUGCGUUCAGACCGCCGUCAGCUCUCCAGUCUCCACAGCUGCUCAGGCUCAGGGUUUUCUGGAGCGAUAUGGAUACCUGCACAAGGAGAAUGAAUCUCACAGCACAGCUGAAGUCAAGUCUGCCAUCAGAGAGUUUCAGUGGUUGUCUCAGCUGCCCGUCACUGGAGGACUGGACAGGGUCACUCUGGAGAAGAUGAGCUCGCCCCGCUGCGGGGUUCAGGACACCUGGGGUCAAAGGGUCAGCAGCAUCUUCACAGGCCGACAGCUCCGGAGGAAGCGUUCCGCUCAGACAG